CAGACUUUCCAAAGUCGAAGAGCUCGCUGACAUCGAGGUCGAAUGGGUCGAAAUCAUCUUGGAUGAUGCGAGGGUCGAAGCCAAGAACGGGUUCCAUGUCAGGAUGGAAGUGGUAGCCGAAUUCCAACUGAUCAUAAGCAGCCUGUUGGUCAGCAGUGACGGCACCAAUGGUCAAGUAACCCUCUGGAACAUGGUCACUUGAGACACUAGAAGGAGUCGCUUGGGCGGAAGUGAUGUAGUUGGUCUCAGCAUCAGUCUGCUUAAUUAUAAGACAGACAGUCAUCUCUAUCAACCAGUCCCUGCUUGUAGCAGUGCUCGACCAACUCAUGCACAGAGACAUUGGUUUGUGGAGGAAAUUCCAGGUUUGUCGCAGCUGCGUCGAAACCAUCAACUCGACGAAUGGCGUCUUUACCCUCAUUGGUUGUGACAGUCCAACCCAUCUUGACAAGAUACUGGUCGGCUGGGACGACAGGGAGAAGAGGAAUAGUGGUCUCAAGGAACUUUUCAAGCGAGACCGAUUCUGAGUGACCAUCGCGGAGGUCAGAGAACGCUUUGCCCAACAGACCGAAAAGGUUGCGGCGAGGUUCCUUGGCCCACAUCUCUCGGAGGAGCCCAGACUUGUCCAUCUGUUUGCCCUUGAACACCGAUCCAUAGUAUGCUGUUUAACAUGAAGCCGUUGAGAACUCGCUUUGUCUUUUUCUUGCCACGAGAGUUCAGGACUCGAGCCGCCGGCUUGGAAACCUUGUUCGCAUUCUUUGGCUGCAUCGCAUCAGCAGCAAGACCUUUCGAGUUCUGCGCAGUGAGUGUUGCAAGGGUUUUGUUGAUGUCGUUCAAUUGUGCUUCGGUGAGAUUUUCGAAGAUUGCGCUCAGUGUGGCCUGAAGCUGUGCCUUAGUUGCGGCCAUCUUGAUCUGUGUUCAGCAGAUGAAAGUGGAAGCGGGACGCUCGGGCGCUGAACAAAGAAACUGGUAUGUGAGACAAUCGUUUCGACUCAACCACACAGCGUUCAAGGUGAUGAUUAGAAUAUGAAACCAGUCGAUCAAGACAGAGAUCAAAAAUAUUUGUGGUUGAUCUGAAAGUGGUGGUGGGCAGAGAGAGAAAAAUCCCAACCUCUCUAGUUCAAUUUUUGCACUUCACCCUGCUGGACUUCACUCCCUCACUCCAGGAAAAUACUAAGCAGAACCGAUACUAUUCUUUCCGAAAGAACAAUGUCUCUUCAUUUACUAUCCCCAUGAAAGCGCCCAGCCACUGCAGACUUUGUCAUCGCAGUUGAUGGUGAGCUGUCGGCUAUACUCGACGUCCGGCUUCAGUUCUUUUAAUACACUCAUAUCCCGCCAAUACCAUACAAAUAGUUGAUGCAGCCCUGCGACAUCAUGGACACAGAUUAUUUAACUUCCAAUUCGCCCACCAUCAACGGCGAAUACAGCCAUCGAGGUUGCGUCAAUAGUGACGGUAAUGUCGAAACAACAUGUAGCCUGAAGUACCUCACUUCUCUUUGUCUGGAAGUGCUUCGGGCCAGAUCUGCGCCAAUGGUUGAGCUCGCCACAGAUGCGGACGAAAGCUCAAGAAUUCGUCGUCUGCAGUUUGUUUCAACAGAAGUUCGAAGACUAUUUCAGAAUCCGGCACUCUUCCCUUCAGAUGCUGCAAGAGUCAGAUUUGCGUCCAUCAUAGCAUUGGACGCUAAUCUACAGUUCGUCGAAGCUGUUCAGGCCCACCUGAUUCGAGCGAUACAAGAAGAGCUAGACAGCCAGAAUCGGGAAUAUAGUCGUCCGCAUUACGUCGAAGGGAGCAAAGGGUGGGAGAACUUUCUUUGCAAUAUGAUGCCUGGAGUAGCAACGAGCAAUCGCCCUUCAGAGACCACACCCAAGUCUUCUCUCCAGGCAAUUCCGUCAGUCGGUCUGAGAAUAGUCGGAGACCUGUCUCGACAAGAUGAUAAUAUUAUUGUGUGGGAUGUGCUGAACCCCAAGCCACCUGAGAUGCCUCCCGCUGCGACUACCAGGCUGAUUAACAUUGACAACCCUGCUGAUCAAACUCCAAAUCCUGAUAUUUCGCUAUCACAACAAAGCUACAAUACAUUCAUACAACCGAAUCCAUAUCGCGAGGACGAGACUCUCCGGCUUGAUAUUCCGAUACAAGGCCCUGAAGCAGUCGAGGAUUACACUGCCCUGAUUGCCCGUCUGGAAGCAGAUCCUCCACCUGCAGGCCUGCCUGUCACGAAUAUGACAGGUCUUAACAUCUUUCCCAUGGUUUACCUUCGAUCUUGGCGACCGCCGACAAGGUUGGCAGAUCUCAAACACCGUGAAAGACCGCGCCCGCCAGUAAGACGUUGAUUGAGUCAAAGGAUAUUUGAUGAGCUUCGAAGUCAGCCUCAAGCAAAACUUCCAUCUUGAAGGGCGGCCUCGCCAUCUAGAACCUAGAUGCGACAUCCUGGGCUCUGAGUCUGCCCUCCUCCACUCAUCCAAGCCAGCUUGCCAACACAGCAGCACCAAAAUGAACCCAAAUGCCAGAUCCAUCUUCUCGUCAAGAGUUCAUCAUACCAGCCUCGAGGCAUGCCAUCACCAGACGGACAUUCAUUCACCACCAGAAUUGUUCCUCAUGUACAUUCCCAAAAAAAGAAAAAGAAAAACAAGCAAAGCCAACGAAAAAAAUUUACCCUGCCCCCUGCCCUCGCCCCUCGAGCUCAACAUUGCCAGCAUUGCCACAUCAAUCGAUCGAUGCACAGCACCGCAGUGCACCAGCCCCAACUCUCAGAAAGAGUGUGGGCCAUCAGCUCAAGAAAGAGCAGGAUGCAACUCAAAUCAGUUGCAAGAAAGAAAGAGAAAAACAUACACAAACUGGAACGACACCCAGUCACAAAAAAAAAGCAGAAAAGGACAAAAACCAAGACGAAAAACUCACACCCACAAAAGAAUAGAGAGUCAGUCAAUCAGUCAGUCAGUUUCAUCAGGUCAUCAGAGUUUCCAGACAAAGUUUCAUUUCCUUCCCACGGGGAUGGAAUCAUGGAAUGAAUCAUGGAUGAUCAGUCAAUGAUCAGUCAUACUGCGGAGCUUGAACUUGUUUAUCGCAUCAUUGGGCAAUGGGCAUUGGGCAACGGGCACAGGCAUGGGGGGUCAGCCUCGAUCGAAAUCAACAUGGUUGAAAGGGAAAAAAGCAAAGUUGAAGCUACAGAUUGUGGCUAUUGGAGGACAGGAAUCAAACCAAACCACAACGGGGUUCAAAAUGUUCAUAGGUCCGUAGUCAUUAGGAUAGUAGAAUUCACUUUCGCAAG